GUUGAGGGUGGUCAAGGAGGGCCCAAGCGAAUCUAGAGACGGUUUCUGGGCGCGUUAAUCCAGGAUCUGGUGUCUGCUUUCCUACGUGCGUCCUGUCACAACAGUGACAGUGCAUGGCGGAGUCACAACCACGGACAGUUGGAUAGAGGAGCCCUUAGUCCCUGCACCCCCGCCCAGCUGUAUCUGAGGGCAGCACUUCCGCCCUGGUCAGCCUCGCGUGGCCCUUAAGAGUCAGAGUUUCUAGAGCAGCCUUGGGUUUGGACCAAACCUCUUGGUUUGGACGCCUUAGUGUUUUGAAUCAAGAGAGAGGAAGAUGGGUAGGGUCACUCUCCUGAAGGACGAGCCAGUUUAGAGCCGGGUGCUGAAAUGCCGGUGUCAGUGGUGGCAACUUGGUGGAAUUUGGAGACGAGUUCCUGCCUUCCAGAACGGCCCUGUGCCCUCUGCUGUCGCCUUACACAGAUAGACUUCCCCAUCUCAGAGCCUCUGAAGUGGGCAUCAUAAUAGCCAAACCUUUAUGGUACUUCCUGUGUACCGGGCACUUGGAAGCGCUCUGUGUACAGCUUUCCUGACUGUUGAGUCCUGUCGUGUGUACCUGGAACAGGGAGAGGAUAGGGAACAUCUCACAGUGGGAUCUGCGUGCACUCCCUAGGCAGCAGACAACUCUCCCGACUGCUGCCUGGGUUUUGAAAAGUUGGAAGCGGGCUGUUGUAACAGGCUGAAUGAAAGAUGAUGGUAGCUGGGAUGGAGGGGCAGGGUGGUCAGGUGGAGAGCUUUGGUAUUACGGAGUGAAUAGAUGAGGUCAGGUUUCUGGUUUGGCCGGAGGGUGCUUCUGGUGCCUUGCAGGGUGAUACUCAGAUCUGCGGGGGCACCGUUGUUAAGAGAGAUUCUGGGUCAUCAAGUUCCAAAUAGCUGUGUGCUGUGUUCUCCAAAGAAGAGGAGAGUGUGCAGGUCUUAAGUUCAGCAGAUUGCACAGUACCAGGGUGUCAUGGAAGGGCUGCUGAAAAGAUGCAGAACACUGUCUGCCUUGGCUUUCUGCAGUCACCACCUCUCCAGGUACGUUACCCACAGAUGCUACCAUUGUGCGCCGGGGAGGCGGCAACGCUUGGUUUUAUCCCGCAUGUUCCAGCCUCAGAACCUCAGGGAAGACCAGGUGCUUCCUCUGGAGGGCAGAGCUAGCGAUCUGACCUGUAAGAGCCAGCGACUGAUGCUGCAAGUGGGCCUGAUCCUCCCAGCAAGCCCCGGCUGUUACCACCUCAUGCCCUACACGGUUCGUGCCAUGGAGAAGCUCGUCAGGGUAAUAGACCAGGAGAUGCAGGCCAUUGGGGGGCAGAAGAUCAACAUGCCGAGCCUAAGCCCCGCUGAGCUGUGGCGAGCCACCAGCCGCUGGGACCUGAUGGGCAAGGAGCUGCUGAGACUGAGAGACAGGCAUGGCAAAGAGUACUGCUUGGGACCAACUCAUGAGGAAGCAGUUACAGCCCUGGUCGCCUCCCAGAAGAAACUGUCCUACAAGCAGCUUCCCUUACUGUUGUACCAGGUUACCAGGAAGUUUCGGGAUGAGCCGAGGCCCCGUUUUGGUCUUCUCCGUGGCCGGGAGUUCUAUAUGAAGGACAUGUACUCCUUUGACUCCUCCUCUGAGGCUGCCCAGGAGACCUAUGGCUUGGUGUGCGAUGCUUAUUGCAGACUGUUUGAUAGGCUGGGUUUACGAUGGACGAAAGCCAGGGCAGCUGUGGGCAGCAUUGGGGGCACAUUGUCCCAUGAAUUCCAGCUGCCAGUGGAUAUUGGAGAGGACCGGCUUGUAGUCUGUCCCAGCUGCCACUUCUCAGCCAACACAGAGCUACUAGACUUGUCACAAAAAGUCUGUCCCGACUGCCAGGGUCCACUGACAGAAACCAAAGGCAUUGAGGUGGGGCACACAUUCUACCUCGGUACCAAGUACUCCUCCAUUUUCAGUGCCCAGUUUACCAAUGCCCACGGGGACCCUUCGCUGGCUGAGAUGGGGUGCUAUGGCUUGGGGGUCACUCGGAUCUUGGCUGCUGCUAUCGAAGUCCUCUCUACAGAAGACUGCAUCCGCUGGCCCAGUCUUCUGGCUCCUUACCAAGUCUGCCUUAUCCCCCCUAAGAAGGGUAGUAAGGAGGCAGCAGCCACAGAGAUGGUGGAACGCUUACAUGAUGACAUCAUCGAAGCAGUGGCACAGCUCCGAGGGGAGGUCCUGCUGGAUGACAGGACCCACCUGACCAUCGGAAAUCGAUUGAAAGACGCCAACAAGCUUGGCUACCCCUAUGUGGUCAUUGCCGGCAAGAGGGCCCUGGAGGACCCCGCCCACUUUGAGGUUUGGUGCCAGAACACUGGUGAGGUGGUCUUCCUCACCAAAGAGGGAGUCCUGGAACUACUGGCUGGUGUUUGUGUUGUCUAAGUGCCCAACCACACCUGUCCCUGGGCUUCGUGUCCUCUGUAGUUCCCUCCACUUCUCUGGCUUCUCGUGGAAGGGAGACCAUGCUAGGGAACCCUGUACCCAUUCCUUCCUUAGAAUGGUUCGUAUUUAAUCAUUAGCUGAUCCUCUGGACUGGCCACGCUACCGUGUGCCAUUCAUUUUGCACGUGGACACUUCUGUUAGACAGGUGAGAAAGAAAGUGACCUACGUCACUCCCUUGAAAAGCUGAUUUCUGGGUGUAAGACCAGAAUGGCUGGAAGCUGGGGACCACGCUUCCCCAACCUCAUCCCACAGUCUGACAUAUGCCUUGCACUUCAUUCAGUCCAAGAGAGCAGGGCCCUUCUCCACUGAGGAGCUAAGAGCUCCAGAGAAUCAGGCACUUGCUGCUAACUCACUGGUGAUUUGACUCGCCUGCUCCCUGCUGGGGCCUGGGGCUCCCAUUUGAAGAUGGGAGAUAGAGUUAGGUUUGUAAGGACUACAGAGCUCUCACUGAGUGACUCCACUCGACAUGUGGAUCUCGUUCCUUAUUCCUCUAAGCUUCCCAGGAAGUUGUCCUAACUGCCUGAUGUCUCCACGCUACCUCCAGAGACUUGACAUUACUGGGUUCACUUCAGCACUGAGAUCAUGUUCUACUGAUGGAAUAAAGUCAGGCUUUAGGAUGA